UCUACUGCGACAAAAAGUGCUCCAACAGGAAAACACGAACGAAGCUAACGUCAGUGGAGUUUUUCUUAUUUAAAAAUGACGGACCAGAAAGCGGAAAAUAUUAGCUCUAUCCCUAUCGAUGGAUUUAGCAAUUUAAGAAUUACGUCGAUAUGGACGUUUCUUAUGUCGGUGCAGUGGUCGGAGCCGUGGCUUAUCGGACUUGUGUUAUUUCAUAUUGUGUGUUUGUGUGUGACUGUGGUGACCUGCAGAUACUACAGAGCUCAGAUUUGUCACUUCCUGCUCAUGGUUGUCUUGGUGUAUGGGGCUGAAUAUCUAAAUGAACUGGCUGCCAUGAACUGGAGGUCUUUUUCAAAUUUCCAAUACUUUGAUUCCAAGGGCAUGUUUAUUUCUUUGGUCUACUCGAUUCCUCUUCUGCUAAACACAGUCAUCAUUGUGAUGGUGUGGGUGCACAGGACCUUUUCCACGAUGACUGAGCUGAAGACACUCCAACUAAAACGAAAGGCUCGCAGAGAGAACCGAGAGAAGAGCGACUGAUUCCCUUUCAUGUCCUUAAAUGGGCCGUAUGUAGUGGGAGGAAUGCAGAAUCCUUAUUCUCUUUUCCUAAUCCUGAAUUUUGGAGAAGGAAUGUAGAUUCCUUCUGGUGAUGGUAAAAAGGACUGUGUUUUGAUGUCGGUCAGGACUGGAUGUCUUUUCCCAAUAAAGCCUGUUGGGCAGUGCUGCUGAAAAUACGCCGGAGAUUUACAAGGACCAAAGGGUUUUUUUUUUUUUUUUUUUAAUUCUUUUAUGGAAAAUUGAUUUAAUUUUCUUGCUUUUUGUCUGUAUGUUUUUUGGAAAGUAAAGUUUUUGGAUAACUUAAUAACA